GGAAUACAUAUCUGUUGGUCAUAGAUACUUAAAAAAAAUGGGACUCACAAUGGGGCCUCAGGAUCUAAUUGAUAUUGAUAAAAUGCAAUUGUGUUCAUUGUCUGUAGUUUAUGGCUGCCUGCCUGCCCAUACCAUAACCCACCACCACCAUGUGUCACCAUGUGUUCACAGCGUUGACAUCGGCAAACCGCUUGCCCACACGACUCCAUACACGUGGUCUUUGGUUGGAGGUACUGCCAAAUUCUCUAAAAUGAUGUGGAGGUGGUUUAUGGUAGAGAAAUUAACAUUCAAAUAUCUGGCAACAUCUCUGGUGGACAUUCCUGCAGUCAGCAUGCCAAUUGCACCCUCCCUGAAAACUUGAGACAUCUGUGGCAUUGUGUUGUGUGACGAGACGGCACAUUUUAGAGGGGUCUUUUAUUGUGCCUAGCACAAGGUGCACCUGUGUAAUGAUCAUGCUGUUUAUGCAGCUUCUUGAUUUGCCACACCUGUCAGGUGGAUGGAUGAUCUUGGCAAAGGAGAAAUGCUCACUAACAGGGAUGUAAACUAUUUUUUUGCACAAAAUGUGAGAGAAAUAUGUGUUUUGUGUAUAUGGCACAUUUCUGAUAUAUUUUAUUUCAGCUCUUGAAGCAUGGGACCAACACUUUACAUGUUGCGUUUCAUAUUUUUUUCAGUGUAGUAAUGCUGGUAAUUUAAAGGACACAACUGAAAUCUCUGUCUUAUUAACUUUAAAAACCUGAAGACAUAAUCACCAGCAACAUUCAAAUCCAAGGUCAGAGAUUAUUGUUGUUAUUACACCAAACAAUAGAUAGGCCUAUAUUGUGCCUGCAUAAAGGGAACAAUGUUCCUCUAAUUAGAUAACUGUAACCUAUGACCUGAAUACCUUCAAAUAUUAUACCUAAAGGAAGAUGAUGACUGUAAAGUCUUUAUCCAGACUCCAAAGUAAGAGUAAUCUAGUUUAUACAACACACACAUGGACCUUUAUACAAUCUCAGAGAGCUGCAAAUCUCAUUCACGAGGAAGUAUGGGGUGCAAAAAGAAAAUAUCUGUCUAUCAUUGUAAGCUUAUACCGUUCUAUGCUGUUUUUAAGUGGAGCGCCAGCCUAGCACCCUAAAAGGAAAUGAGAAGUGAGCACCCACACAGGAAGUGUGGCCAAGCACUGUCCCGGAUGUUGGUUAUGUGAUGUGAGUAGACUAUUGACAAAAAGGCUGAGCGACUGAAAGAGAGAAAUGGAGUGAAAGUUUAAAUCGACGGAAUAGGAGGGCAGCACCGGAAGCUAACCAACCACAGGAGUCAACCAUGACAGCAUCAGUUUGACCUAAUUCCAAGAUGGAUACCCUGGCCAGCACAGAGGAACGAGACUAAACUAAGUUGAGCCAUAUCUCUGCUUAGGACUGAGUGAAGAGAGAGGUUAUGGAGGGGUCUAGGGUGCGCUCUCCUCUCCCAGACCUCAGGGAGCAAGACAGCCAGACAUGGCCCAAUAUGGAUCUCCCACUACAGAGCAGGCCACUGGAGGAGGCUAUUGGGUGGAGAGAGAUGGAGGAGCAAGUGAACCAGAUGGACAGGGAGGAAGAUGAUAACUCUCAUCAGACUGGAAGGACUGAGGAGCCAGAGGAGCACUGGGAUUCCAUGACUUUACCUGUGUACCCCAUGAUCCAUCCCAGUGUCCCUCUGUCCUUUGCCACGGUGCAGUGGGACAUAACCAACCCCUCCCCUGACAUUCCCUACCCCAUGACUGACAACAGCUCGGCCGAUGAGCUGGACUCCAGUGGAGCGGCCAGUCUGGACUGGACUGUGAGUCCCCUGUCCCAGCAGCAGCAGCAACAUCAAGCCUGUGUGACAGGAAUCAACAUAGAGCUGUCUGUCCAGGAGAAGACACAUAAUCACAACGGACCGGAGCAACAGCUGCCUUUGGACACAGACCAGGGUGAAAGCUCCCCUCGGGCAUGUGAUACACCAAGGCCAUAUGUGAAGGAGCAUGCAGCACACACACAGGAAGAGGAGGCUUCAGCACAAGAGCUAUUUGAGGACCAUGACUCUCUUUCAGGGAGACGUCCAUGGCCAGAGGAAGGGAUAGGACAGUCUGUGACAGAGGAGACUAUCACACCCUCUGACAUAGCUCCUAGCUCUGUAGAGACAGGAGAGUCCGAGACUAGGCCGGAUAGUGAGAGUUUAGGCUCUGUGCCGCGAGAGAAACAGGAACAGACUGGCACAGUCCUGACUAUACAGAUCAACCCAGAGCAAGGAUCCAGCUCUAUGGACUAUGAGGAGGAGGAGGAGAAGGAGAAGGAGCAGACAGAACAGAUAGGACAGUCAGAGGGGAGGGAACAGUCGGACAGUGAGGAGGAAUCAACGAUGAUAGAACUCUUAGAGCACCUGCUUGAGCCAGCUGAACUGAAAGAACAGUCAGAACUCUCAGAGAAGUCUGAACACAGUGGGCAGUCAGAGCCUAAUCACACAGAACAGAGUGAAUACGGGAACAAUAACGAGACAACAGAGCAGCCAGAAGACUCUGAGAAACUUGUAGAGUCCGACCAGGUAGAGCAUUCAAAUCAGUCAGGGGACGAAGAGCAGCAAACUGAAGAGGCCCAUUUACAACAGGCAGAACAGUCAGAAGUGACAGACCAGUCAGAACAAUCAAAAGAAUCAGAGCAGACGCAACAGCCAGAACAGACAGAAUGUUUAGAAUCUAAACAGACGCAACAUUCUGAGCAAACUAUGCACUCCGAGCAGACAGACUUUUCAGUGCAGGCAGAACCACAGACAGAACCAUCACAGCAGACGGAACACUCUGAAGAUUCUGAGCAGUCAAAACAAUCAGGGGAGAUGGAGCAGUCCGAGCAGUCAGAGCAGACGCAGCAGUCAGAGCAGACGGACAAACCAAUACAUUCAAAGCAGUUAGAAGAAUUACUUUUCCUUUGCACAGAGGAGCUUGAACAGACAGAACAGUCAGACCAGACAGAAGACCAGAAACACUCAGGGGCUGAACAGCCAGCGCAGACUGCACUAACUGAGUCGACAGAAGAGCUUGAGCUGACAGAGCAUGUAGAACAAUUGGAACAGAACGUUUGUACAGAGGAUUCAUGUUUGCCGCCCAGGGAAGGAAGUGGAGAGCAACUGGAGUCUCAGGUACAGCAGACGGAGGCCUCAGAACCAGUGGUGGUCCGUAUGAAUGGUGGAGGUUUGGACAGGGAGAGGGCCUGCAGGCUGGCUGAAAGACUCUACAGGCUGGAUGGGAUCUACAAGACAGAUGUGGUCAAACACCUGGACAAAGACAAUGACUUUAGCCGAGCCGUUGGGGAGGAGUACCUGAAGUUCUUUGACUUCACCGGUCAGAGACUGGACCAAGGCCUGAGGUCUUUCCUGAGGGUGGUGGUGCUUAUCGGUGAGACCCAGGAAAGAGAACGUGUGCUGCAGCAUUUCUCCUGUCGAUUCCAGCAAUGCAACCCUCACACCUUCUCCUCUUCUGGAGAAGUACUCACACUCACCUGUUCUGUGAUGCUCCUGAACUCUGAUCUGCAUGGACAGAAUGUGGGCAAACCCAUGUCUGUGUCCAGCUUCGUGUCCAACCUGGAUGGGAUGAAUGAGGGUGAGAGCUUCAGUAAGGAGCUGUUGAAGGCUCUCUACAACUCCAUUAAGAACGAGCCUCUGGAAUGGGCAGUUGAUGAGAAGGAACUGAAGAACUCCAUGUUGUUGGCGGAGGAUGCUAAAGAGGACGCACCCCUGCGCUCCAAGAGCAACCCGUUCCAAGAUGUGCCGCAUGACAGGAAGGCCACAGUGUUCAAACAGAGCUUCCUCAAACGCAAGGCCCACCUUGACAUCGAUGGCAAACGCACUCCUUGGGGGAAGAGAAGCUGGAAGAUCUUCUAUGGAGUGCUGAAGGGAAUGGUCCUCUACUUGCAGAAGGAUGAGUAUAUGAUGGAGUGGCAGAGUACAGAGGAGGUGGUCAGUGUGCACCAUGCCCUGGCAGAGCAGGCAGCAGACUACACUAAGAGACCACACGUCUUCCGCCUGCAGACCGCUGACUGGAGGGUUUUCCUCUUUCAGGCCUCCUCCACAGCAGAGAUGAUUUCAUGGAUCAGCCGUAUCAACCUGGUGUCAGCCCUACACUCCUCUCCUCCCUUCCCUGCUGCCGUGGGCUCUCAGAGGAAGUUCUGCAGACCCAUCCUGCCAGCCUCGCAGUCUGCACACACACUGGAGAGACAGCUGCAGUCCCAUGCAGGCAUGCUGGAGUCCUUCCAGGAAGACCUGGCCUACCUGCAGCAGAGUCUCCCUGAUGGGCGCAGGGCCAAAGCCAAGGAGAUGGAGGAACACCGAGUCAGAGAGGAGUACCUGCAGCAUGAGAAAUGUCGCUACGAGGCCUACAUCCAGAUGCUGGAGGUCUGGAAGGGUUUGAACCAGUCAACCGAGACUGAGGUGGGAACCAGUGAGCUCGACCUGUUUGACAGAGCUGUGUGUAAGGACACAGUGGAUGAGGAGGGGGAGGAGGGAACCCUGAAGAAGUCCCACUCCAGCCCCUCCCUGGAUCUGGAGAUGGCCUCGCAACCUGUGGUCAAAGUUAAACGCAACAUCUCGGAGAGACGGACCUAUCGCAAGAUCAUCAUACCGAGACGCAACCAGGACAUAUGAGGGCAGGUGUCCAAAAGUGUGGGGACACAUAGAACUCUGACAUGACUUUUCAAUGGCUCUUUUUUUAGGACAGGGGCAAUGUGUUACUUCCAAGCACAGUCCUUUUUAAGUUUUCAUUUUCAGCUUGUACUUAUUCAGCAAGAAGGCAAAGGUCAAUAAAACAGAAUGCAUCCCUCA